CUGCAGGCGCUGUUGCGCAUGGGCAUGCCAGCGCGGGUGUGCAGCACGCGCAACGCCACCACGCCACUGCACGUGGCGGCGUAUGGCGGCCACGUGGACUGCAUGUGCCUGCUGGCGGCUGUGCGUGCCUGGCGGCUGGACUCCAUUACACAAUGCAGUGACCAAGCAGCAGUGGGAGGCAGUGAGAUGACUUGCACACCAGGGAAUAGAGCCAGCAGAGGAGAGCCGUACACCAACUGCACCGCUCUGAACCCAUUUGUGCAGUGGAAUCUGCAGCCGCUGCUACCAGCCACUCCCCCCUCCUUCACCCUCACCUCACCACCCCCACCCGCCUUCACGCCGCCAUACGCCCUCUCGUCCAUCUGCUUGUGGACGUCCCUCUCCGCCAUCGCACCUGGUCGCACACAAGCAACAGCCCUCCUGCCACUGCCGCCACACACAAAGCCUGCUGAUGCAGAUGCUGGCAGUGGAGGCGAGAAGGCAGUGGGGGGCGCAGUUGGUUCGAGUCAGGGCGUGCAGGGGGAGUGGGCAGUGGCGGGGUAUGAGGCGAUGCAUGUGGUGCAGGUGGGGGGUGGGUGGCGCCAGGGUAGCUAUGGCCUGCCCUCCUCCCUCGCUGCCUCUGCUGCACCUGCUGUGUCUGGAAGGCAAGGUGACUUAGGGUGGAAGGUGAGGAGUGAGGGGGAAGGGGAGGGCAUGAAAAGGAAGGGAAGGGUUGAGAAGGGAUGGGGAAGGAAAGCGCAGGGCAGGGAGGGAAAGGCAGGCAUUGGGAGGGCAGGUGACAACUGGGCAGAGGGUGGGGGGAAGGAGAGUGCGAGUGGGAGAGGACGGAGAGAGAGAGUGCGGGAGGAAAGGAGAGUGAGAGUGCGAGUGCCAGGGGAUGGGGGGAAGCAGGAAAGGGGAUGGGGGGAAGCAGGGAAGGGGAUGGGGGGAAGCUGGGAAGGGGAUGGGGGGAAGAAGGGGAGGGGAUGGGGGGAAGCAGGGAAGGGGAUGGGGGGAAGCAGGGAAGGAGGGGUAGCACCGGGGGGAAAGGAGGAGAAGCAGGGGGGGAUAGGAGGGGUAGCACCGGCGGGGCGAGCGCUGAGGCUCAGGUGGCGCGUGAUGCCUACAGCGGGGCGCACUCAGCUGCUUGCGGUGUGCGCGCUGCUUACAGCUGGGUGCGCGCCCCUUGAAGGGAGCAUUGAGGUGGUGUCGAAGCUGUUUGAAGGGAAGCGCAGUUUGGACAGGCAGCGCAUGGUGUAUGGAACCGACGUUUGCGGCGCCUCCCCACCCGCAAGAUUGAACCAUGUUGGCAGUUUUGGGCAAGACCUAGAAAGGCCUCAACAAGAGCUGGAUUUAUCUGAUGCCCUUGUAACCACUUUAUCCGUAGGAGGAAAUAUCCUCCCUCCUGUUACCUCGUGCCGCACAUCUUCCCCCCCUUCCCCUUUUCCCCCCCUUUCCCCCCUUUCCCCCCUUUCCCCCUUCCUCGUUUUCCUCCUUUCCCGCCUUUCCCGCUUCGUCUUCGUUUCCCCUCCGCCGCAUUUUCGUCUUCCGACGGCUGCUGCGCCAACGAGUGGUUCCGCGUGUUAUCGUCUUCCAACCCCCCAUCUUCACUCUUCCCCUCUUUUCGUCCCCGUUUGCCUCCCUCCGCCCCUUCUUUCGUUCACCCUCAUCCUCUUCUCUUUACCUCCCGCUCUUUCCCCCUCUCUUGGCUCCUUCCCUGGCUCUCACAGCAACCCCCCGGCUGACAAUCAACGGCCAAGAUUGCUCCAACGGUGCCGUGAUCAUUUCAGCCGUGUCGCGCGCCAAUGUUGGCCGGCGGACGCUACCGGCUGGUCUCCCGCCGAGCCGCGGCGUUGCUGGGGACUUGACGGUGGCACGUUAACCCCCGAUUCGGAAAUCGACGGUGAUUCGGGCGACCUUGUAACGGCCCGAGACGGCGGCGCCGGUGGCGCUGCGGGAAGCAACCGCGAAGUUGACGCGUCCGCUGCGGGUGGUGCUUCUGGUGCUGCUGGUGAUGGCGAUGAUAGCGCUGGUGGUGGUGCCUCCUCUUCAUCGCGCAAGCAGCAUCGGCGAUCGCACAGCAAAUCGUCCAAGUCUGUCGAUUGGUCGCUAACGCCCUGUAACUCCGUCGCGGAUUUCGCCGACCUGAAAAUGGUCGGGCGAGGGCGGUGGGCGACCGUAUAUGCCGCGACACACUGCAGGACCGGUCGGCGAGUCGUGCUGAAAAUUUAUUCUGCCCGGCAUCAGACGGCUGCGAUGCAGAAGCAGGUCGAGCGGGAGAUCUGGUGCAUGCGACAGACGCGCGGACACAAACACGCAAUCGGCUUUCUCGGAAGCUUCGUCGACGACGCGAGCAAGAUCGAGAGUGCGAUCGACGCGAACAGCAGGGGAGGCGGGAAGGGUAAGAACCGGUUGGGUCACGGCGGACUUUUUCGCAAGAGUGGCGGGAAGAGCGGGAGGAAAAGCGCGGGAAAAAACGGGGGAAAAAGCGGGAGGAAGAGCGGGGAGAAGAGUGGGGGAAAGAGCGGCGGCGAGCGCGGUAGUCCGGGCGGGGGGAGUCGGGGGAAGCGGAGGCGGAAGCAGACGGUUAUCGUGGAAGAAUUCGCCGCAGGAGGGGACGUUUAUCAGAGGCUGAUGAACGAGUUUUGCGGGCAGAUGCCGGAGGCGAUAGUCGUUCGCGAAAUCAUGUCGCCGCUGUUACUAAUCCUGCGAUUUCUGCACGCGAACGCGAUAAUCCAUCGCGACGUGAAACCCGAGAAUAUUUUGUUUGCGGCGGACGGGCAGCUGAAACUCGCUGAUUUCGGCCUCGCGAUCUGCACGAUGCGCGAUCUGCCCGGCGCGCGCGUCGGCACUCUUGAUUACAUGGCGCCCGAGCUGCUUCAGGCGUCUUCGCUACAAUCACACCCUCCUGAUGUCAACUCAUCUGCCCCCUUCGGUUCUUCCAAAAAGUUUCUUUCUGACCGGCCGUGGGUAAGAUUCGCACCUCCCCCUCUGAGAGGGGUGGAAGUAUCCCAGUCACCCCGCAGUCGCAGCGAAGCAUCAUCGGGCUUUAAUGAAAAGGGGGGGACCGGGAUAGGAGCGUCUGAGGAUGCAAGCCUGCAGCAACCAUGCCAACAGCAGCAGUAUGCCACACAAGCAGGCACAUCAAGGGUCGUGGCUCUCUCUGUUCCCCGCUGGCCCAUGGUUGUUACGCAGGUGUUAGGCGGCCCGCUAAUAAUCGAGACCACCCCCCAUAUAGUCACACCAGAGACUGGGUUUAGCAGUAGUGGCUUUGGCAGCAGCAGCACUGGCAGCAAGAGUGGUAAUGUCGGGAGCAGCAGCAGCAGCAGCAGCAGCAGCAGUGGUGGUGGCGAAAGUGGCGAGAGUGGAGGUGGUGGCAGUGGUGAUGGUGGUUACAUGGUUACCAAAGCAUCAGCAGACGCAGCGGAUGGCUCAGGAAUAUUCGCCACUGCAGCCAACGAUGCUACUGCACAGUUGAACUAA